AUGAACGUGAGCCAAAUUGCUUCGACGGCCUGUGGGAUGUGUGAUAUUGACACCGGACCGAAUCUUUAUUCCAAUGCUGCUCGUCACUGGCGGGAAUUCACUUAUUCUUGGAUUCACCGAACGCUUAAACCACGAUUUGGCACACAAAUGCCCACCGACUGUGAGACUGCGUUUAAGGCCCACCACCAGCAGAACGCUGCUUUGGACCAUGGAUUGGAGGAUCAAUUCUUGCUCAGCGUGGGAACUUCCAACAAAAUGUGGAUAAGCAAAGAAGAAUACGAGGAUGGUGGACGAGGAAUUGUUGAGAAGAAAUGCCCA